AUGGCCUUCUUCUUCGCCAGCCUAUGUUCCUGUUUUCCUUCACGUGGUAGAAAUGAGGAGAAAGAACAAGAGUACUCUACAACCCGUCCAGACACCCAGUCGUCGCAGCCCUCACACCCUUCCAAUUACAACCGGUAUCAACCAUUCGUUGAUGAAAAUGACCCGUACCACUCGAGCCAGCCACUUCCGAGAUACACAGCACGCCCUAUCAGUAUACAGGAAAAGACUCUAGCAAUCUCAGGUCGUCGGUCCUUAUGCGAACGCGAUCACUCGCGAGAUGAAAAGAGCGAUAACAUAUACGAUCGUCGGUCUCCCAGUAAUAAUGCCGAUAAUGCCGUAGAAGAUGAUUCGUCCGAUGCGUCUUCCCAGAUUUCUUUCCCUACUAGCAUAGGGAAUACAUCUACUGCUACUGGGGAAACGCCUCCACCUCCGUACUCUUCCUAUUGCUCGUCUCGAGCCAACUCCCAUCGGUCGAUGUCGAUAUCUAUCCCCACUAAUUAUACUGGAACAACGGAAACAGAUGCAUCUUCAAUAAUUACACCUUCUCCUAUCGCCUCCCCACCGCCUGUUUUCUGUCGGGACCACACGGGAAGUUCUCGACGUUCGUAUGAGAAUGCAGGAAACAGAGAUGAUUCGACUUUGCCCAGCUAUGAACGGAGUUAA